UUGGGGAGAGUGGGAGGGACGGCGGUAGGGCGGGCGCAGCAUCCUUCGUGUCCGUGCACGAGAACUCAAGCCAGCCCAUGCUGCGCGUGUGUGAAUUUCACAACUGAUCCGAAUACCGAUAACCUAGUCACAGCAACGAUACUUUCCUAUCAUCAAACUUGGAAUUUGUUUGACCAUCUUGAGCGCACUUAGUGCCCCUUCAAUAUCUGCUAAGAAACCAGGUGGAUGCUGCCAUGCCAUUUGGGUGCCUUGCCCUGCGGGACGGGCGGUCCUACCACAGCCCCACGGACAUCACUGAUAAAUACGACAUUGGGCAGGUCCUCAAAGCGAAAGAGUUCUGUGAAUUGUGCCUGGCGAAGGACCGACAGACAGCCAAGGUCUACGUGUGCAAGAAGUUCUCCAAGAAGGAUGGCAAGAAAGUGCGAAAGGCCGCCAAGAACGAGAUCAUGAUCCUGAAGAUGGUCAAUCAUCCAAACAUCCUCCAGCUGAUCGAUGCGUUUGAGACCAAGAGAGAGUACUACAUCAUCCAGGAGCUAGCCACAGGUGAGGAUGUAUUCGACUGGAUCCUGGACCAAGGAAAUUACACAGAACGUGAUGCUUCCAAUGUCAUCCGCCAGGUCCUAGAGGCCGUGGCCUACCUUCACUCCCUCAACAUUGUCCACAGGAACCUUAAACUGGAGAACCUGAUGUACUACACAGAGAACAACCACAGCAAAGUAGUCCUGCGGGAUUUCUAUUUGUCCAAGUUUGAGAAUGGCUCCAUCACUGAGCCCUGUGGAACUCCAGAGUACCUUGCCCCUGAGGUAGUGGCACGUCAUAGGUAUGGGAGGCCAGUGGACUGCUGGGCCGUGGGAGUUAUCAUGUACAUACUGUUAUCUGGAAACCCCCCUUUCUUUGAUGAGACUGAGGAGGAGAACACAGACCUGCAUAACCGCAUCAUCUUCUGCCGGAUCGUGGCAGGAGAGUUUGAGUUUGAUUCGCCAUACUGGGAUGACAUCUCUCCUGCAGCUAAGGAGUUGGUGUGCAGACUAAUGGAUAUUGACCAGAUGUUGAGGAUAACCGCUCAAGAUGCCUUAUGGCAUGAGUGGAUUGCUGGCAACGGAGCUUCAGAGAAAAAUCUUAAAGCUGGAGUAUGUGCCCAGUUUGAGAAGAACUUUGCCAAAGCCAAGUGGCGGAAAGCGAUCCGUGUGACCACGUUUAUGCAGCGGCUGCGUAACUCUGAAUUGAUGGCCGCUGACGCAACGACAGAUGACCAGACCGACGGGGUGUUGGACAGCAGCCCGGAGGGCGAGAGCCCCCAGACAGAUCUGGAGAGCGUCCCUACUGUGAGCGUUACGGUGGAGAACAGGCCUGCGGAUGAUCCAGAGGAGGAGGACAAAACUGGAAACGAAGGGGAGGAAAACCCAGACGGGCAGACUCGGAGAAUAGGGUUGAUACCAGUUACACCUUCAGUUGGUAUUUCACCCUCAGCCACAGCAGAGCCAGUCAACCCGGAAACCCCUUCCAAAACAACACCAAGUGAGGAGCUAGACAAAGAGUCCGGGAAAGGAGUAGGUGAGGGCACUUGUAAGACAGCUGCAAGUUUAGGACAAGACGGAGUACCUGCAGAGGUGAACAAGACACCUGCCACACCUGAACCCACCAAGAUCCCAGAAUCCACUGGGGCAAAGGUUUCACUCCAGCAAGAGGUUCCAUUGUCGAGUAACAAAGAGAAGAAACCGGCAUCCUCUCCUGAGACCCCGAACCGUCGCAAAAUGGCAGCCAAUCUCACCAUGGACCAUGGUCCCGAGCCAGGCGUCAAGACAACAGCAACAGCAACAGCCAACAACAAAGAACAGGCACCACGAAAGGAAGAAAAGGCAGAUAAAGCGAAAAAGCAAGAGAUGUCCCCAGGUAGCUGGUGCCAAACUCAGGUUCCAGAGGCGGUGGCAGAGAAAUCAGUAGUGGCAGGGCCACUGGCAGAAGUGGGACCCAAGACUAGAGAUCAGGGGGUAGGUAGAUCUGAUGAUGCCUUGGUGCAGGGAACACAGGUUCAGAGCUCCUACAAAGGUAUGGGUACAUCCAGUUUGGGACGGCACAAGCCAGUGUAUAGUCAGGAGCUUGGGAUUGGAGCUUCAGGUUAUGCGAGUCCAUAUUGCUCCCCUUACUCUGUGGGUAGAGGGGGUGUGUACCACACUUUGGAUCACCGUGGCGGUGCGGGGGCUGACUGGCAGAUGGACAGUGUGAUUGAGCAGAUCGAAAAGCAAAUGGCUGCUGUUUUGGAGAAGAUUGAGGGAGACAUGCCCUCCCUCCUGGAGCAGAUCAGCGACUGCCCUGAGACCCUCUCCAGGGCAAAGAGUGCCCAGUCUUCCCCCUCUGUGCACGCCCGUUCGUACCACCACUCGACCCCGCCGCCCCUCCCCACCACCCCACGCCCGCCUCUGCCCAACCUGCCGCACCUGACCAUUCCCCCGCCCUCAUACCCACCUCCUGCCCCACCCGCUCAUGGCCAGGCACACACACAGCCAGUCACAGAGCAGGAUGACAAAGAUGGACAGAGAGGGACCAUGAGGUCUGGCCAGUCACCACAUGGAGGGUCAUCCGGGAGGGGCUUAUGAGGCAGUUCAUCAUUUUAAUCACAUGUUGAAACACACUGUUCAUGACCCAUUUAUUGUGAUAUUAAGCUGUUAUAACUGAAGGGAGUUUUACAGUAGAUCACUGCUUCUGAGGAUUCACAGACAUAGCAUUCCAUUUGAACUCUUUUUCAGUGAGUUUUUGCUGCCCAUCUAAGUUGUAACAUGUACUAUAGGUCCAAAGAAUCAGCGAUGUUGGCAGAUGAAAUCAGUUUUUCAGGAAGGAUUAAGUACACAUUUAGUUUUUCAGACUGAAAGUUCAUGAUGUAGAUAGGCUACUCUGCACAUCAAUCAACCCUGACUAGGGCACGUCAGUCUCAGGGACACAGAUCGAGUUUGUUGUCAGUGUGAUGAAUAUUUUCGGAGCAUUAUGUUGUUACCUCCGCCAAGGAGGUUAUCUUCUCGCUUUGGUUUGUUUGUUUGUCUGUCAGCAGGAUAACGCAAAAACGAUUUUCAUGAAACUUGGUGGAGGGGUGGAGCAUGGGCCAAGAAAGGACCCAAUACAUUUAGGAACAGACCCCGCUUCAAGCUGUGGAACCUUUUUUUUUUUUUCUUCACUUUCUUUAACAUUAACAUUAACAUCUUGAUCUUUGCGUAGGUCAGCACUCUCCGACUGUUCUUCUAGUUAUUUAUUUGCUGUUGUAAUUCCUCCGCCAGAUUUUAAACAAAAAGUGUUGACUGUGCCAGGCACUUCCUUGGUCUUUGAUUUUUUUUGUGUGUUUAAACUUAAAUUGAAGGGAUGUCCAUAUUCAAUGCAUUGCAUCUGUCAUAUUACAGUAUUACAGUUUAAGUUGCUGUAUAUUUGAGAUAUAUAUGCUGUCACCAUACAUUAUUGCCUAAGAAAUGAAAA